AUCGUGGUGACAAUCUCAUUGCUUCAGCAGCUGAAAAAAGUUGCUCUUCCUGUCGGAUAUAAGGUCCUUCACUCAUUGUAGUGGUCGGCAAAGCUCUCUGGGAUUGAUGGGGAGCCAGAUUUCCCAGAAUAGUUUGAAAUGUUUCAGUAGGUGUCAGUGUAAGACCAUUUUGACUGCUAACCCUGAAGCUCCCUGAUAACAGUCAUUUGAUUUGUCCUAGCCAUUGCCCACCUCCCACAUCUAGUCAGGGAGCAAAUACAGUGGAAACUCGAUUAUCCGAAUGAGAUGAGCGGGCACUAUUUCGUUCGGAUAAUUGAUUAUUUGGAAAAUCAAUUAAAUGCCUUUCCUCUGGGGCUCGGAGUUUUAAAGUCAGCUCCCUAUUCAGGAGACUGCAGCAGCACACAGCGCGGGAGACCCUGCUCCCCCAACCCCAUCCAACCCUACCCCCUCCAACCCAGUCCAACCCCGCCCCAGCACAAAGUACGUGAGCCCAUGGCCACCCCCAUCCCCUCUCUGGGGCAUUCAACUGCACAUCAACAAGACCACUGCUGCUGCUGCCUCUGUGGGUAUGGGAUUGUCUUUGAUGCCGGAGCCUCCCGUACGACUCUUUAUGUUUACAGAUGGCCAGCAGAAAAGGAGAAUAACACUGGCGUAGUCAGUGAGUUUCACCUCUGCCAUGUCAAAGGACCUGAUAUUUCUAGCUAUGACAAGGAACCUGUACAAGCAGCUCUCUCAAUGGAAUGGUGCCUCAACAGGACAAUAGAAAAAAUCCCAGCAGAAAGGCAUAAUUCUACACCAGUCUACUUUGGUGCUACUGCUGGAAUGCGACUACUCCAGCUGGAGGACCAAAGAGCUGCAGCCAUGAUCCUCACAGAGAUUGAAAAUUUCCUCCGUUCUUCACCAUUUGAUUUCAAAGGUGCCCAUAUUCUCUCAGGGAAGGAGGAAGGCGUUUACGGGUGGAUCACAGCAAAUUAUUUACUGGACAAUUUGCAGCAGAGACGUACUUGGAUACACCUGGAAAGAAACUUUACCGUGAAGACCACAGGAACUCUUGAUCUGGGUGGAGCUUCUACUGAAAUAGCUUUUGUCCCCAAGCAGCACCCACAUAUGAGUGAAACCGUAAUAAUCACGUUGUACAGUUACAACUACACUGUCUACACUCAAAGCCUGGCAUGCUAUGGAAGGGAUGAAGCCGAGAAAAUGUACAGGGCAAAAAUCCUCCAGAACGCAAAGAAAAAAUCAAGCAUUGAAGAUCCUUGCCUUCCCUCAAACUAUACUCUGACUCUCCAACUGAAGUAUAUAUUUGAUGGUUUAUGCACUGCAGCUGAUGUACCACCGAACUAUGACCCUGACACCAAUGCUACAUUUAGAGGAACUGGAAAUCCUGUUCUAUGUCAGCAAAAGUUGUUGUCAAUAUUUAGUUUUGAAUAUAUCAAUGUUGGAGGUAAUUGGACACAAAAAAAACUUCAGCCAAACAUCCAUGGAGAUUUUGUGGCCUUUUCUGGUUUCUAUUACUCAAUGGAAGCCUUGAACUUAACCGGUUCCUUUCCCAUAGAAACUUUCAACUCGACAGUUCAGGAAUUCUGUUCGAACAACUGGGAUCAGGUGCAGCAGUUAUUUCCAAACGUGUCAGACCAAUUUCGCAGAUCAUAUUGUUUCAAUGCAAACUACAUCUAUGCUGUACUUGUGCAAGGUUACAAGUUUGAUCAAGAGAGUUGGAAAUCAAUAAGCUUUCAAAAAGAAGUGAAGAACAUCAGCAUAGGCUGGUCACUUGGUUACAUGCUAAACCUUACCAAUCUGAUCCCAUCAGAAAAUCAAGUGAUUCAAACACCAAUGAGUGAAGGUGUAUUCUGUGGACUUCUCUUUCUAUUUUCCACUUUAGUUGUGUUCUGUUCAAUCUUCAUUUGCAUGUCAAUAAUACGUUUUUUAUAAAGCGUAAUUUAAAGCUGUGAGCUCUUAACAGAAUAACUGUUGAAUAUUGGGAAAGAAAAAUAUUAUGCAAAUGAUCAAAACGAAGAAGAAUACUGAAAUGGAGCACCUUUACUGCAUUUAUAAUACAGUCCUUGUGGAUUUAAUAGGCAAUGUUGAAAAGCACUAUGGCAUCCAGCUGAUAUCAUACUUCCACAGUGUUCUGAUGUCCUUCAUCCUGGCCACUGCACUGAGAAAGUAGAAUAAUUUUAACACUAAGCCAUAAAUUUGACAUUAAAAAUUGAGUAAGGACCAGAAAGAUAAAUGACAGUAGAGGAAAAAGUAAUGGAUACAAAUUGUUUAAAUAUAUUAUCAGGCUAAAUUGAGGAUGUAAUAUUAGCUCAAUUUCACAAUUAGGGAAACUGAGAUGUACUUUCACUAUGUGGUAUCAUUGCUGCUUAUAGUGGUUUCUAUUCAUGGGAUGCAGAUAGAGAGGAAGUUGUGUGCCUGCCUUCUGCCAAAUAAUCUGAUGAAAAAUGAGUUGGCAAGGUAGUCAGUCAUGUCUUUUAGUCAUUAACAUGUAAAUGAUAGGGUUCAGCAUCAAGCAAAGGUUGAGCAGGUGCACAAAUUUGAGAGCGCCUUAGCUAGCCAACUUUAGAGGAUAUUUUGCCAUCUGGUAAACCCAAACCAUUAUCUGCUGACAGGAACUUUAAAUACUCUUUUUUAAAUCUCCUCUUGCAGUUUUUGUUCCUUUCCCUCAAUCCUUACUUGUCUUACAUACUACCCCUUAGGUUAAUAACUAAAUUAUUGACAAAUUUCAGUCAAUAAUUCUGUAGGGUAUUAAACCACUCAUUCCAAGCAUGAAGUUUUUUUUAAACUAGAGGUGUAUAUUUGCUGUGAAA